GACAACAAUACCACGCCCACACCUCCCAGAGGCCCUAGCGCUCCGCCGACAGUGCGGCCGCUUCCUGCAGGUAGGUAGCGGCAAUGGAGGACGAACCGCCGCCGGUGGAGGAGCGGCGGCGGCUGCAGGAGGAGCUGAGCGAGUUCGUGGAGAGCUGCUACCGGACGCUGGGGGAGGUGACGGCGUCCCUGGGCUGGAGUCUGGAUCAGCUGGAUCCCGGGGAGGAGGACGCGGCCGAGGGUGAAGUUGUGAUAUGUCCCUAUGAUUCGAAUCAUCACAUGCCCAAAUCAUCUUUAUUAAAGCACAUGGAGUCCUGUAGAUUGAGGAAAAUGGGCUAUACUAAAGAAGAAGAGGAUGAAAUAUAUAAUCCUGAUUUUUUCUAUGAGAAUGUGAAGGUACCUUCAAUUACUUUGAAUAAGGAGUCACAAUUCCAGAUCAUUAAUCAAGCUAGAACCACAGUUGGAAAAGAUGGCGAUUGUUACAACCAAAGGCUGUAUUCUUCAUUUCCUGUUGAAGUUCCUCUGAAUCACAAACGGUUUGUUUGUGAUCUGACCCAAGCAGAUCGUCUUGCCCUUUAUGAUUUUGUUGUUGAGGAAACAAAGAAAAAGCGCUCUGAUUCUCAAAUCAUUGAAAACGACAGUGAUCUCUUUGUAGAUUUGGCUGCCAAAGUCAAUCAAGAUAAUAGUCGGAAAAGUCCAAAAUCUUAUCUUGAAAUCCUGGCAGAAGUUAGAGAUUAUAAGAGAAGACGCCAGUCCUAUAGAGCUAAGAAUGUUCAUAUAACCAAGAAAUCAUACACUGAGGUGAUUCGGGAUGUAAUAAAUGUGCACAUGGAAGAACUCAGUAACCACUGGCAAGAGGAGCAGGAAAAAGCUGAGGGCGACACCGAAAAGAGCGAAGAGAGGCGCUCGGCUUCAGUGGAUUCACGGCAGUCUGGCGGGAGCUGUCUGGACCCUGAGAGUUCACGCCGCAGGAGGGAUCGGAGCAGGAGCCCACAGAGACGGAAACGAAAUAGAGAUAAGGAUAAAAACUCUGAGUCCAGAAGGAGGAAGGAGAGGGAUGGGGAAAGACAUCAUAGUCAUAAAAGAAGAAAGCAAAAAACAUAAAUGAACCUUUGUAUGUGUAAUUAAUUAUGCUCAUGUCAUUACAUCCAAUUUGCUACUUUAAUUGUAAUUGCUUUGCCUAGCAGAGUGUGUUUAAAAAUGAAUUAUUUCGUGCUCAAUAUUUUUCAAUAAAUACUUAUGCUUCAAAUCAUGCAUUUACUUUAUGCUGUACAACUUUAUUUUCCUUAUAUUUAAUAGAUACUUUCUUAUUACUGACUUUUGUCUCACCAUGGUAAUUUAUGUAUCAUUCUUUUUAAGAGGUUAAUAAUUAAAAUACAUGAAUUAUACAUAUAUUCUCAGUGUACAAAUUAACCCUUACAGAUAAGGCUAAAGUGUGCUUGGAGCACCCGUAGGUAAUUACCCUGUAUCGCUCCACUGGUGAAUUGUGGCGGGGGGGAAAAAAAUGUAAGUAGCUGUCUAAAGGGGUGUGGCCUGGCUACCUUCCAUGGUGUGAUCCUAACAUAGAUUUCUGUUUGUAUUUAAAUAACCCCAGUCUGCGUUAAUGUGGGUAGAGCUCAGAAACAUGAUACUAAGAGGUAAUGGUAAGUUAUGUAGGAUGUUAGAUCUGUCUACCAGACAAUACUGUGUAUUUCCUUUGGCUGUAUAUGUACGUGAAUUUAUUUUUAAAAGUUCAGAAUAAUCAAUAUCAAACUCCUAGCAAGGCUAUUUAUGGGGGAGGGAUAUAUGUAUAUUAUAUAUAUGAGAGAGAGACGGGUGGAAACCAGAUUUGGAAGGUAGUCAAAUUUUAGCUUUCUUGAUAAUAAUUUUUUCAAAAUGAGAAAAUAUUUAUGCUUCAUGUUAAUUAAAAAUUCACUGUCCUUUUAUGUCUUUCAAUCAACUUUACUGAUGUACUAUCUA